AUGAAAGGCGAGCCCGCACCUGCAUGGGACUCUGGGAACGUCACCGUUUGGGAGGAACGCGUCAACAUCGCCCUUGCUGCGGCGAACAGCUUGGUUCUCUUAAUCACUUCCGUUGUGGGAAUCGCGGCAAAUGUUUUUGUCAUGCUGGCAGUUUAUCACCAAAGGUCACUGCAAACGUCUGUUAACGCGCUGGUGGUGAAUCUCGCCAUCAUUGACUUCCUGCGCUGCAUCAUCGACUGCCCCGUUCUCCUAACUAUCAUCAUGACGGUGAAUCAAAGAGGACGUGUGGACGAGCUGAUCUGCGAUGCACAGACGGCGUCUUUCUCCUUCAGCUGCUGCAUCCAGCUGCUGACGCUGGCGUGCAUAAGUGCCGAGAGGUACAAGGCGAUUGCACAACCCUUCAAAACCGGCCAGCGAAAGGGACGGGUCAUGGUGCUAAUUCCUCUCAUGUGGAUAUUGGCCAUUCUGGUGGCUGUCUUUUGCUUGUUAUUUUUGAAGAACUCCCCGGUGUACGUGAGGUGCCGCGGGCCACCGAGAGGGUCGUUGCUUUCCUACGACACCAUUGGGCUGUACGUGCUGCUCCCACUGUGGGCAGCUUGCUUCGCCGUCAUCAUCGGGUUCUACACUGGCAUAUUUGCCGUUUUGCGGUCUCACAAUCGCAAAAUAUUUGAUGAAGGUACUUCAGUCGCACCAAAAGGCUCUGCAGAAGAUAAGCAAAAAGAAGAGGAAAAUGGAAACCAGGCAUCGGAGCAAAAGCAGGUCCCGAGCAUAAACGUUGCUCAAACACAGGCUGAACCGAAUCCAUUUGAGAAAUUGACCUCGGGAGAAGCUCCAUGCUGUGUUUCUAUCAGCUCUGAGAAGAAAUCUGAAUAUAAAAAUACAGAGGAGAGAAGUCCCUUAGAGAGCGAACGGCCUCACCCUGUUGCAGUCCAAGCUGGGGAGAAAGCCUUCAAAUCUGAGCAAUGCAGUCUCUCUUCCCAGAAAAUUGAAGCCAGAGCAUCAAAUCGAGAUGCAGCUGCUGGUGUUGACAUUUCAAACACGACGGAGAAAAAGGUGUCGAGCAAUUUAAACACAGCAGAGCUAUCCAGAGAAGGACUGAAACCCGACAAAACGGCCAAAGAGACAACUCUGCCUGCGCCGUUAGACGAGCCCGACUCUAAACCCGUCUUGACUGAUCAAAAACAAUCUGAGCAAAGACAAACAAAGGAUGUUACUCCACCAGAUCAAGCGACUUCACUGGCUCCAGUCUCGGCCAAUGACCCCAUAAAACCGUCUGUAGAGUUGGAAGGUGCCGUUUGCAUGAUGCCGUCGAAAACAAGUAAAGAGAGAGCGAGGAAAAAGAAAGAAAGUAAAAUGGCCAAGCGUGCUGGCUACAUAAUUCUAACCUUCCUCUUAUUCUGGUUUCCGCUGAUCACAACAAUCCUGGUGAAUUUUAUUGUUUGGAAAAACAAGAACACACAGACGCUGUUCAUUCUGGAUGCGGAGAUCCUGUCGGUGUCCAUCGCCUGCAUCACUUCCCUGAGUGACCCGAUCAUUUACGCCGCAGUAAACCCUCAGUUCCGAUCAGAGUUCUAUCGGAUGAAGAACUGGGUAAAGUCCAGGUUCAAUAGGAAAUGA